CGUUAUAUUGGUGGGACGAAAGCGUGGCUGCUGGAAUCGUUGUACUGCGAUUGGUGGAGCGGUUGUUAUGGUGGUUCGCUUUAGUUGUGGUGUCUGAUAAAACGACCGCCCUUGCAGGCGUUGUAUUCUAAUUCUCAAUACAUUGCUUAGAGGGUGCGAAAUGGCUGCAAAGACUCCUGUGUAUAAAAAACCUUCUUUGAGUGCAACAGUUCAGCGAAAGAAGCCUGGACCAAAACCAGAAAUUACUGAAGAUCAAAAGCAGGAAAUAAGAGAAGCAUUUGAUUUGUUUGACACAGAUGGUAUUGGAUCCAUUGACGUAAAAGAAUUAAAGGUUGCAAUGAGGGCUUUAGGAUUUGAACCCAAGAAAGAAGAAAUAAAGAAGAUGAUUGCAGAAAUCGAUAAGGAAGGCACUGGGAAGAUUGACUUUAAUGAAUUUUUGGCUGCGAUCACACAAAAAAUGGCUGAAAAAGAUACAAAGGAGGAAAUUCUGAAAGCCUUUAGGUUGUUUGACGAUGAUGAAACUGGGCGAAUUUCAUUCAAAAACCUGAAACGCGUGGCAAAAGAACUUGGGGAAAAUCUUACAGAUGAAGAGUUACAGGAAAUGAUUGAUGAAGCAGAUCGAGAUGGAGAUGGGGAAGUGAAUGAGCAAGAGUUCUUACGAAUAAUGAAAAAGACAAGUUUAUACUAAUGUAUGAAUGCAUGCUACAUGUGUUUUGCUUGUAUGCAUGUCACAUGUUUAUUCAUGUAUGAUUCAAAGCAUGCUUAUUGGACAGGAUAACGGAUAAAAAUAAUUAUAUAUGUACUGGAUGUAAGUAGUUGAAGGAAAUGGGUUAUUUAAGUAAAUAUCAGAUGAUAAAAUAUUGACAAUUUGAUUUUAGGGUAUAUAAAAGUAAUUUUAAGAGUUUUGCUUACAUUUUAUGCUAUAAUAAACAAGCACCUUUAUACCAUUACCAUUUUUGUGAAGCAGCUUUCACUUCUGUAAAAUUGUCUGUUGUUUGAAGAAACUUAUGGAUAUUGUUAUGUUAUGAAUGUACCACUGCUCUGAGGGGCCAAAGGGUGCAGGGUAGCCCCCUCCUUUGCGAGAAUCGCAAGAUCACUAUUGAUUUGGGUCAGGAGACCCAGGAAAUGAGAGAGAGACGUGCGGAAUGUCUCGUUUCCCGGCGAUACAAAGCUACAGGACAUGGCCAUUGUCUCUUGAACACGAACUUGUAUAUUGCAAUACUGUGCUACGUGGAAGCCCCCAGGCAAAGUGGGCUGGUUGAGGGAGGGAUUGCAUCACCCCCAACCUGAUUGACAUCGGAGACCCUGUGAGUCAGGAUAAAAGAGGGUCUGUGGGAACAGCCCCUCAGAUGCACCAGAAGAAACGCUAGCGAUCCCGUAAUAGUGGAAGCCAGUAGGGAGGAGGACACGUGCGUUCGGUUCCAUUUGCCCUGGGACUGGUGGCUCUUAUCACGGGAGACUGGCUUUUAGCUAACAACGGGAAAACCAACUCCCAAAAGACUCGAAGGAUUGGCAUCAUAAAAGAACUGGGCAAGUUUAACCCGUCUCUCUCUCAAACCCAAAACGCUGCAGCUUGAACGAACUAACAUUGACUUUUAUAUUUCCAUCGGACAAUACAUUAUCCCCUAGACAAUGAUAGAGCUAUUUCUUCUUAUUAUUAUACCCGCGCUUUUAGAUUUAGUAUUGACGACGUAUAUUAUCUGUAUGUUUGCAUUGAUCUUAUUUUGUGCCCCUUUA